CAGAGGAUCAAUACAGCACUCGAGAGAGGGUUGUACAGCCAGAACCUGAUUUGGUACCUAUGAUGAAGGUACACUCUGGACUAUUUGCUAUUUGAUAUCUGUUUUGGAAGGUAGACGACUCUGUACAGGCAGGUAGAUACGGUUAACUUGGAGGAGAGAGCACACCGGACUCACGUCUAGGGAGUCCAUGUCCAUGCCCACGCCCACGCCCACGCAGCCCUUGAUGCACGGCUGUUUGGCCGCAUCGCACUGCACUGCACUGCACUGCAUUAUUCUAACAGCCGAUGCGCUGAACUUAAUGCCUGUCGCACAGAUCCUUCCUACCUGCCCAAUUCUGCUCCUUCUCCUGCUCCUGCUCCUGCUCCCUGUGUACCUGCCUGGAGGAAGGAAGCCUCGAGGGCUUCGAGGGAUAACCUGACUUGACUUGACUUGACUUGAUUCUCGAACCCAAGCCCAAGCCAGCCUGACUUUCGUUUCUUCUUCCUCUCCGCUCCACUCCACCAUCCAACAUCAUCACCAAACACCACCACGACGUAUAAUCUGCAAUUGAAGACACCCCGUGCGAGCAUGACCUCUCUAAUAUCAAUACCGCAUUCUCUGCAUUCACCUCUCGCCAUCCAGCCUCCAACCAACACCGAGCGGGCCGACAAUUGCAUGCGCGACCAACACGACGGAAUAGAGAGCGUUGGAUCGAGUCUGUGAUCGAGCCAAACUCCACCAUCACCACUCACGCAUGCGCCGAGUCAAUCCACGCGACUCUCGACCGUCAAUUCGUGCGCGCAUGCAAAUCCUCAAUUAAUGCGUAAUAUGAAGAGGUCUGCGCAUUGGGUGAAUGGAUUUUUCAUGCGUGCGUGUUUUCACUCUACCUACUUGUUCGUCGCCAGCUGGAGCUUGAAGCUCGCUACUUCGCCAUCUUGUUUUCACCCCAGCACCAACCUCCCCAAUUCACCGCGACCCGCCUCAACUCGCACCACCCAAGGCCAUCCCGACACCUGAUCUUUCUCUACCACAUUCCUUUGCUCUUCACACACACAACCUUUCCCAGCAUUUUAUCAUUCCUGCCGCCCAAGUAGGAAAUUCACAUUCCUCGAUCCCAAUCGAGAACCACAACACCAAAAGUACCCGAAUUUCGUGAUAUCCCAAUUGGAGUCACAACUCGAUCUCUGUGGUGAUUCGACACCCAAUUCACCUUGUCGAACUACCCUCGACCUCAGCCAGCAGCAGCGCUGACGACCCCUUCUCCUCCCAUCUCUAACGACCCUAACGAAGUGAACGAACCUUUAACGCCUACACCUACGCAGCGCCAGCAGCAGCAGCGUCCCCUACGUCGAACCCACAUUGAAGCUGCAUCUGCAGGUAUCAGUCCACCUCCACGAGUUCGCUUUGCUCAAAACCAACCAAGAAGCGAGGCAUUGACUCAUGAUUUCGACGAAGAUCUCGCCUCGUCAACACCAGUAGCAAGCUCUCAACACUACUCCCCUGAAGCUGAACGAAGACCUCACCGUGCUCUGAGAAUCUCUCGGACUACUGCUAGUGCGAUCCUCUAUACCCUCGAAGAAGCUUUACGGCAGCCAAACCCCUUCACACCUGAUCUUGUGGAGGAGAACGCUUCGAUGUCCGAUCUGACCGGUGGAGGGUCUGGCCCCGCGGGCAACAGCAGGACCGGAAAUGGCAGACCUCAACCUCCACCUGGGACAUCUGGUUCGCCUAGUCUCAAAGGUCCUAGGGAGAUUAUGAGAGAGCGUAAUGCAAGGGAGGCCAGGAAGAAAGCAGAAUUGGAACAGAGGGAGGCUCUGGAACGUGCAAGAGCCGCUGAGGAAGCAAGAUUACUCGAGCAAGAUAGAAGACGAAGUGCGGAACGAAGGGCAGCAGCUGCUGCUGGCGCUGCAGCACAACAAAGAGCCAGUGGAGAAUCUGGACAGAGGACUUCAGGUGGAACGGCCGGCCAAAGAGUCUCGGAUGGCUCCCAGCAACGUAGAUCAGAUCCCCCGCAAGAGGAACUUCAAGGAAUAGGGCGUGGUGGGAGAGCAGUAGGAGGUGGUGAGACUGCACCAUCUGCUCGACCUAGACCCAGCCAGCAACAGCAGUCUCAGCCACCUAGACCUGUUCCUGGAACAUCACGGCCAAGACCUGCUCAAGCUGAAGUUGAAGGAGGCCCAGCUCUGACGUCACAACCGGCGACCAGAUCAUCAUUUCCACAUGCCUUCGAACGAUGGGAAACUUUAUCCGCUCACUGGGAAGGUCUCACAUCUUUCUGGAUCCGAAGACUGGAAGAGAAUAGUAAUGAUUUGAAUCGAGAUCCCUUGUCGCAGCAACUUUCUCGACAAGUCACAGAUCUUUCGGCUGCAGGUGCCAAUCUUUUCCAUGCUGUGGUUGAAUUGCAAAGAUUACGAGCCUCAUCUGAGCGAAAGUUCCAGCGCUGGUUCUUCGAGACUCGAGCUGAGCAAGAACGUGCACAGGAACUUCAAGCAGUCCUGGAAACCAGUCUUGAGCAUGAACGUUCGGAGAGAGCAGCAGCUAUCGCUGAGGCAGUUGCAAAGGAGCGGGAGAAGUCAAACGCUACUAAGCAAUUGGCCGAAAUGAAGCGCGAAUUGCAAAUAUCAAAGGAAGAGGCAAGAAGAGCUUGGGAAGAGCUUGGACGUCGCGAGCAAGAAGAGAGGGACCGAACCGCAGCUUUGAAGGAUGGUCGGCCUACACUUAUAGGUGGAGUUCAGGUGGUCCCUAUGAUGCAAGGAGUCCCUAGCAGACAUACUAGUGCCCGAGAUCCAGCACAGUAUUCCGCUCCCGAACCAGAAGGACCUAUUGAGAAUAGCGAUCUUGCAUACCAAGAAUACUCCAGAGCUCAAAGAUCAGCGCCAGCAGACCCUUUCACUGAAACCCGGACCAGCUCUCGACCAACUUACACCGAAGCCGAUCUACCAAUCCACCCAGCCUUUACGAAUUCCCAGGAACAUUCCACGGCACCAGCCGUCCAACCCGCUUCCACCUCCGCGUUCUAUCAGCAGCACCAGGGAACUUCCCUUCAUCCAGAUCCCACUUACCGCCAACCUUCAGUUCCCUCCGAAACUGGUGCAAUGAGCGAGGAGGAGUAUGAGAUUGAUUCACAAGGUCAAUUCAUCCGUGAUGCCCGAGGCAACAAAAUCCGAUACCAAGGCCCUCCCUCUGACGCAGACACAGAUGAAUUCGAUGUUGCCUCAGAACGUGAGCGUGAGCAAGCGAACCUUCAACGUUAUGGUCAAGUCUCCGGCGUCGAAUAUGGACGCGGGCCCACCUCUACAUCUGGAGGUCCAACUUCACACCCAACGAUCUCGGAACCUGUAGAUUAUUCUGGGCAGGGCUAUGGUGCUGCGGCUCCUGAAUGGGCGGCUGUUCCUAGACAUCAUCAUCCUACGAGAUUGAGCGAUGUAUUGGAAGAGGAUGAGAGGAGUCGGACAAGUGCGGGUGCGAGUCAGUUGAGUCGACGAGAGGCUUAGCCAACUGUCCUUCAAAUCUAAGGCUUUUUCCGAGAGAUCGAUAUCUGUGAGUGGUGAUGCGGCAUCACUCAGAAACACUACCUCGAGCCUAUUGCCUUGAGCAACAGGGAAGCGAGAAUAACAGAAAGGAGAGGGCACAGCAUCUGUACGGCGUCUUCGGUGUUGCGGUGUCUGGAGAAAACGAGCGAAGUGAAAAUUGGUUUGGCUUAGUGUUUAUAUGUAUGAGCUUUUUUGGCUGACGGAUGGACGGAUUUUGUAUGUUGUUCUUGUUACUUACUACGUUGCCGCAUAUCGAGUGGUGCCGCGAAAAAUAGGUACAGAUGAAGAAAUUGGAAGCGAGCGAGCGAGCGAGCGUGCAUGCUAGCAUCUUCUUCUUUUCUAUCUGCUGAAUUUUUCGGGGAUUGGAGUUGCAGGGUGCCUCGGCCGGCUUUCCGGACUGCAGAUUACUACAGUGCAGAGGAGAGCCAGAGCUGAGGAUAAUCGUGGAGAAGAAGUAAGACAGUAUUGAGAGGAGUCAAGAGGAAGAGGCUUUUGCAUUGUAGGAAUAUGUGGUAUGGCUGCGAUUGUGGAAGGAUAGGAGGCAUUUUGCGUGCAUGAGCUCCGUGCAUCUUUGUUGUGCAUAUUCUGGGCGCGUGGUCUGAUAUGGUAUGCUGUCUGUUGUAUCGUAUCGUAUGAUAGAUACUGAGAUUCUAGUUCUCUUUCAUAGAGGGAAGAGAGUAUGAGCAAGGAGA